GGUAAAUCAUCACGGUCCCCAAUCUGCACAAUGAAAUGACCCAAAGACCUUAACGCGUUAAUGCCCGUUUAACGUAAGAAUUAAAAAAAGAAAAAACUACGUGUUAAUAAGAAGUUAUAUGUACGUAUUCUUUUUUUCUGCCGGCAUUCAUGCAUAGAACUCCGGGUGUGACGUCAGUGCCGUAGCCCUUUUCCCACGUGACGCGUGCGCUCCACACACAGGCCUUGUUUCCUGGGGAUACUGCAUUAGUGGUGAAGCUCACGGUACAGUGUGGAAGUCAGCAGCAGAGCCUUGGUGUCAUUUACGGUACGAGCAGCCGGCUGUAUUAUUGUGAUGUCUGUGUGUGUGUCGGGAUGAACCGAGUCACUGGAUAUAUUGAACCGGAACAUUGGAUCCCGGUCUGUGGAUAAUAAAACAUUCAGACACCCAAAUCAUGGCCGGACUGAUCAAGAAGCAGAUCCUCAAGCAUCUCUCCAGGUUUGCUAAGAACCUGUCCCCAGAUAAGAUCAACCUGAGCACGCUGAAAGGGGAGGGUCAGCUGACCAACCUGGAGCUGGAUGAAGAGGUGCUGCAGAACAUGCUGGAUCUGCCCACAUGGCUGGCCAUCAACAAGGUCUUCUGCAACAAGGCAGCGAUUCGGAUCCCAUGGACAAAGCUGAAAACACAUCCUAUAACCCUGUCACUGGACAAAGUUGUGAUGGAAAUGAGCACCUGUGAUGAGCCACGUCCACCCAAUGGACCCUCUCCCAUAGCAGUAGCCUCAGGUCAAAGCGAGUAUGGUUUUGCUGAGAAGGUUGUAGAGGGGAUUUCUCUGUCUGUGAAUUCAAUCGUUAUCCGGAUCAGUGCCAAGGCCUUCAAUGCAUCAUUCGAGCUUUCUCAGCUGCAGGUCUACAGCGUUAACACCAGCUGGGUGACCAGCGACCUGCGCUACACACGCAUUCAGGACCCUGCUCGUGGAGAGAUCCUGACCUUCAAGGAGGUUAGCUGGCAGAUGAUCCGGAUUGAGGCUGACGCCAUCCAGAGCUCCGAACACGAGGUGCUCAGUGCCCCCAUCCGUCUUAUCACCAAUCAGUCUAAAAUCAGAGUCACACUAAAGAGGAGGAUGAAGGACUGCCAUGUUGUGGCGUCUAAACUGAUCCUGAUCCUGGACGACCUGCUGUGGGUGCUGACAGACUCACAACUCAAAGCCAUGGUGCAGUACGCCAAGUCUCUGAGUGAGGCUAUGGAAAAGUCUGCGCUGCAGAGGAAGAGCAUGGCAUCCGACUCUCAGGCAACAAUGGCACCUGCCUCUGCACAGCAGGUACACACACAGCAGGCCUCAGCUGCAACUGACCCAAGUGCCUCUAUGGCUCACCUCUUUAAUGCCUUCAAUGUGUGUGAAACGUCCCACCACCUGCAGAUUACACAUCUGGACUUGCACAUCUGUGACGACAUCCACGCCAAGGACAGAGGGAUUGAUAAGAGGAUCCAAUGUGGAGCCAUGCAGCUGUCUUUCAGUUCCAUCACCAUGGACUACUAUCCGUUCCACAGAGCAGGUGAGACCUGUCAGCACUGGAUGCACUACAGCGAUGCCACAAAGGCCCGUGAAUCCUGGGCUCGUGCUCUGCUAGAAGAAUAUAGGUCUAACAUGGAAAUGCUCAAAAAUGCCGUCAGCGGACAAUCCCAGUGCUCCCCUCAACAUGAGGAGCCGAGUGCUGGCGUAGUAGUUAGGCAGCUGGACUCUGGUGCUGAAGCUUGGGAUCCAUUCCCACACUGCUGCUGGUGCUCGGAGCCAGGCAAAAUUUCUACCAGCACUAGUACUUCCUUCUCUCAACCUCCCAGCCCCAGGUCCCAGCUCAUGUCUAGCUCCAUCGUACUGCGCAUGGCCGACUUCAGUAUUUUUCAGGUGUCAACAGCAGACCAGCGGCGCACCACUCCUAAGGCUAUGAUAUCCUGUAAUAAAAAGACCCUCUACCUACCACAGGAGAUGCCUGCUAUCUACCUGGAAUUCACCGAGUAUUACUUCCCCGACGGAAAGGACUACCCCAUUCCCUGCCCUAACCUAUAUGUGCAGCUGAAUGCCCUGCAACUAGUUGUGGAUGUACAAAGCCUGGUGUGGCUCAACCUGUUUGCUCUGGAUUUGCGCCACAGCCUUGUCCAGUUCAUGGAGCUCUAUAAGCUAAAUGACUCCCAAAAACCUGAUGAGCACAUUGACAUCAAAGUAGAUGGUCUCAUGCUAAAGUUGGUGAUUCCUGGUGACCAGAAUCAGUUUCAGCCAGACCAUCCCCGCUCCAUUUCAGUGCAGACGUCUGAAAUGGUGGCCACGAACACACGCCACUCGCCUGGCUGCUCCCGCUCUGACCUUGAGGCUCUACUGCAGGCUUUUCGAGAGCAGGCCUUCUUCACCUCCUCCACAUCAUCUUCAUUUCCUGUGCUUCACCCAGUCUUCCAGCGGCAUGCACAUGAAAGGGACACUUGCCUGCAUGAUGUCUACCAUGGCCUGGCACCUCCUGCCCUCAGCACUGAUGCUCUCAGGGCACCAGCUGCCACUGAUCUGUGGGCUCUACGUUUCACCCAAUUCUGGGUUGACUACGAGGGUCCCCGAAGCCACAGGCCCUCACCAUGUGUUGAUUCGUUUCCUCUCACCCUAUGGCUGUGCCAGCCUGCCCGCUAUGUUCAGCACCAGCAGAGAACAAAAGCUGCUGCAGGCACAGGGUCCACGCUAACUGAUGUCAGUGGUCGGCUACAGAGGAAAAAGCUGUUGAAAGAGUAUUAUAGCACUGAGGCGAUGGCCAACCAACCAACCAAUGGCCUGCACAAACCUCUCUCUCUCGAUGGAUUGAAAGCUGCUGAUUCAACUUCCGUUGCAUCUUCCUGUUCUACGUCCUCUGGAGACACAGACGUGCAAGUUUUGGUACAUGUACAGAAGCUGCUGAGUGUGCAAGCUAGCCAUAGCCAGUAUGUGUUCCUGUUGAAACUGCAGCAAAAACUGAAAUCGCUGCAGCGCACCCUGCAGCAGGACCUGCAACAGCAUGGCUUGGCACAGAAAGGUACUGGACGGACGUUUGAUGCGUGUGUGGGCCUCCUGGUGAGCAGUGCCGAAGUUGCCCUGCUGCUGAAGCCCGUGCCAACAGCCGACGUAGACAACAGCCCUCUGGGCUCUGAUCUCUCGCCAUCUGGAAGCAGAGCCACACUGGAGGUUGCCAGUGAGGCAGGAGACAGCACAACCGGUACAUCCCAACUCGCCUGUCCUAUGGACCAGCUGCUGUGUGUAGACACAGAAAUACAGGGCCAGAGUGCUCCACCUCUCCUGCCUUUUUCAGCAUCCUCCCAAACUGAGAAGAAAGGUUCUAUUGAGGAGAAAAUUGCAUGGUCAGGUCCAGAGGAGAAAAAAAAAAGUGCGGAUGGUUUUCAGGAUGGCAAGGAAUUCAAAUCUUUGGCGUUGGACCCCAUGGCAGAGCCAAUCUCUAAGGACUGGAAUGACAAGAGCCAUGGAGCCAAACUACCUCAGUCUAUGUCCAGUGGGCGCCUGAUGAGGGAUCGAUCACAUUCCACUUUCUCAGUGGCCUAUAAGAACAUGAAGAGUCCUUCACUGCAGUCUCUGGACAACAUCUCCCUAGACAGCUCUUUACUAGAAGACUAUGAUUCACUGGAGAGAGAUGAUAUGUCUAUCUCUGGGUAUAAAGCCAAUCUGAGUGAUCCGAGUGCUGCUGAGCGAGCCACUGAGGUGAUGGUGCAGGAUGGAGAAGAGGCAAAAUCACCUGAAACAGUCAGUGCGACAUCUCAGAGCACUGAUGAGCAGGCGAAAGAUCUGGUGUCUGUGCUGGUCCUGAAGGUUCACUCGGUGUGUUCCUCUCUGAAUGUGAGAGGUGAUAACACUACACUAGCUCUGGAGGUGGGGCAGGUCCGUACCAAUCAGCUCGGCAACGUUAGUCUACGCCAGUAUCUUAGCAACCACAGUCUUGGCUCAGGCUCAGACCAGGAGCCCCGAAGUAAGCAGCAGGAUCCAGAGGUUCGACUCCGGCUGGAGAGUGGGCCGGACGCAGCUGCUCGCUCUCCUCUGGCUGAGCACAAUGGUUUCCUGCAGUGCCAGCUGCAAGCCUUCAGAGCUGACUUCCUCAUGACAUCUCUGCACAAUCUCUCCAUCUUCCUAGAUGAUAAUUCCACCUCUCACAUGCUCCCCAUGGAGAUCACGAUUCGAGACACACACAUUAACCUGAAGGAUGAUGGUCCCCGAGACAGCCCUUCAGAUCCGGAAUCCACUCCCAUGUCCCUACAUAUCGACAAUCUAUUGGUGCUGCGCAGAGAUGACGGCUCCUUCCACAUUGGAGUUGAGCAUGCUGCACAGGUAGAGCCACAAAAGAUGGAGCAUGUUCCUGACAACAGGAUUAUUUCUGCACCUGAAGCACGUCGAACUGUAGACAAGGAGCCGAAAGCCACGCAGACAACACCUCCGUCACCCGCAAACCCCUUCCAAACCAGCAGUGAAAAGAUGCUGAUGGAGGAGAACGAGUGUUUGAAACUGGAACUGUCGAGAACCAAGAUGGCACUUGCAGAAGCCCAGAUGGAGAAAGACUCCUUGCAGCACCAAAUAAAGAACAUCAAACUCAACACUGGGGGCAGCACCAGAUAGGCGAGAUCUGAGCAGAACCAUCCAGUGAAGAUACUCUCUGUUAAACCUGACUCUUUCCUCCCUUCCCCUCAUCUUUCUUGUCCAUCAUUCUUUCCUGUUCUUACAACAGACUGCCCAUAUUAUUUUCUCCAGUCUAUGUGGAUUCUGCAGAAUCUGUUUGCCUACAUGAGUGUUUUUGUGUGCACACAUUCUGUCCUUUCUGGACUUCUCUCUUCUCUUAAAUAGUUGAGUUGACACUGAAUGUCAUAUUUUGAAAAGAAUGUCUUAAAAUUAAAGGCAAUUUGCACAACACUGAGCUCCAUAUAACAAAAUGUACAUAUUAAUAGCAGUUUAGCUGUUAACAGAUUGUCUCUGUGUGUACAGUAUGGAUAUACACACAAGAAUGUUUUCUAAGUUUUGAAUGGCCCAGUUGUUUGUGUAAAUGGAUGAGUUUUUUAUAUAUUGUUUUAUUACCUAAAAACACUUAAUUGCUUCAUUCCAUGCACUACAACAACUUCCCUAACACAAGAUUGCACAUAGAUAUUGAAUUUGGUGUAAGUGAUAUUAUGUGUUUAGAAGGCGGCACUUUUCCUUGCUGAUUCCUCGUAAGCCGGUGUGUUUUUGCAAUCAUACAAAGACAUCUCUGGUGUGUGAGCGUGUGUGUGUGUGUGUGUGUGUGUGUGUGGGUGCUACCAUUAAUUGUGUUGUAGGACAUAUGUUCAUAUGAUUAGUUUUUUAUGAACUGAAGUGCUGCACAGUGUUUGCAGUUGCGGUGCUGCUUGAGCCUGUGUAAUUCUGGUGUGUUAUAAACAGGCUCAUAUUUCUAGCAUUUUGGUAUCCAUGCACUCACUUGAGGUUUUUUUUGUUUGUUUGUUUUUUUAAAUGCAGAACAAUUUUCAAUGUUUGCCUAUUGUAAGGGUGUGACACACAAACCAAAUUUAGUUGAAUUGUCGAAUAUCGAUUGCUUAGGAAUUAAGUUUGUUUUGUGUAAUUAUGCUAAGAGGGAAUAAGUCCUAUGUUUGUAUGUGCAGUAAUUUGUGUAUUGAUGCUUAUUAGUUUAGACCAAAGCUGUUCUUGUUCUCUGCCAUGACUUGUGCCCUCUAGUUACCACAGCCUGUCCUGAAUCUGUUAAAAAUCUGCCCUACAACUGAGAAUUACAUGCACAGCAAAUGUACUGAUGAAAUCAUGGAAAAUAAUUUAUUCUGAAAAAGCUGCUGGAACAUCUAAAAUAAAAGAAUAAAAUCAAAUCUUUCUAGAAUGUGGCUGAAUGUGUUUCAGAAAUAUAUAUGCCUUUUCUUCUGUGAUUAAAAAUGCAAUAAGUAAAAUGUAAACAAUUUUUUGCCAGAUUUUGGAUUUUUUUAAAGCUAAAAUAAACAGUUUGUAGUGAUGUUA